ACACAGCAGGGUUAAAGCACCAUGUAAAAAGCUGCAGGGCAGACAUUCAAAACUAGUCAGCCGUCUGUGAAAAAUGGUGACAAAGAUGGAGAGGUAUUUCACAGCCAUAUGCUUCUUGCUUCUGUUUGCUUUAACUGAGUCAAGUGCAGAAAGCUUAAAUACUGCUCGUAUUUUACGCCGAUAUAAAAGAAGAUGGGUUCUGACCACAUUAGAAGUCACAGAGGAAGACCAGGGACCCUUUCCAAAGAUAGCAGGAGAUCUAUUUAAUGACAGAUCGGUGAAUAUGACCAUCAAGUAUUUAAUCAGUGGUCCAGGAGUUGAUGAACUUCCAGAAGUCGGACUUUUUUCUGUUAAUGAUUCCACAGGACGAGUAUUUGUUCAUCGCAAGGUCGACAGGGAGAAAACCAAAUCUUUUGUGAUCAGAUUUGAUGCUGUGGAAAGAUCAACAGGCAGAAUCGUGGACAGAUCUCUCAUCUUUAACGUCAAAGUUAAAGAUAUCAAUGACAAUGCUCCAACUUUCAGCCAAAAUGAAUAUAACAUCACAAUUAAUGAAAGUGUAAACUCGGGAAAUCCAGUUUUUGUAGUAAAUGCACAAGACAUUGAUGACCCUGAUAGCCCCAACUCUGAAGUCACAUACUCUAUUAUUGCCCAGAAUCCUAAACUACCUGGAAUAUCAUUUACAAUUGAUCCAAAGAAAGGAUUGAUAUGGUUGCAAGGAUGUCUAAACUAUGAAGUGGCCAAAAUCAUUAAGCUUGUAAUCCAGGCAAAAGACAAUGGAAUACCAAUGUCACUAUCUUCAUCAACAACUGUGACCAUCAAUGUUGCAGACAGAAAUAACAAUCCACCUGUGUUCACUUCAAAAAAUUUUGAAACACGCAUUCAAGAGCGUGCUGUACACAAUGGAACUGUCCGUUUAAGUGUUGCAGAUAAAGAUACCCCAUUCACACCAGCAUGGAGUGCAGUAUAUAAAAUAGUCGAAGGCAAUGAACAAAAUAAUUAUGUGAUAGAGACAGACAAAGAAACAAAUGAGGGAAUUCUAAAUAUUGUUAAGCCCUUAGAUUAUGAAGACGGUCCUAUUAAGAAUAUAACCGUUUCUGUAGAAAACGAGGAGCCACUUGUGUUUUGUACAGGAGGAAAAGCAGCAGCCAUUGUAGGACCCAAUAAUGCAACUGUGACAAUCACUUUGGAUGACGUUAAUGACCCUCCAGAAUUUGCUGAAAAUACCAUCAUUGUUCGACAAACUGACAAUCAGAAGGCUAGUGUGAAACUUGGAAGAUUUAAUGCUACAGAUCCUGAUACAUACCCUAAAAAUAAUGUAAGAUAUGAAAUAGCUGAUGAUCCUGAAAACUGGGUUGUAAUAAAUGAAAAGACUGGGGAAGUAACAACUGUAAACGUUCCAGACAGAGAAGCUCCUUCUGUCAAGGACAAUGUUUACCGCAUUCUUGUUCAUGCUAUUGAUGAUGGAACUCCAUCUCAGACAGGAACGGGAACAAUGCUUAUUCAUCUCUUUGAUAUCAAUGAUAAUGCCCCUUACCUAGUUUCAUCCAGAUUGGAGGUAUGUGAAGAAAAUGAAGGACCUAUGAUUGUUAAGGCAGCAGACAAAGACAUUGAUCCAUAUGCAGGCCCUUUUCGCUUUACCCUGCUAAAUACAGAGGAGAGUGACAGCAGACAAUGGAAACUAAGUCAUCCAUCUGGUCCAGCAGAUGUUUUUGCUGAGCUUUCAAAGACAGAUUCUGUUCCACUGGGUAACUAUACUCUGCAUUUAAGUAUUGAAGACCGCCAAGGGCUCAGUGCUAAACAAACUUUGCAUGUUCGUGUUUGUGCGUGUAGUGAUGGACUGACCUGUGACAGAGCAAAACCACCAUCAUCAUCCCUAGGUGGGGGAGCAAUAGCUGCAAUUUUUACUUCUUUAACAUUAAUAUUAGUCGGGUUGUGCUUAUUGAUGCUUUUUGCUUCUCAAAUGGAUAAAAAAGGACGCAAGAACAAUUUCCUGUAUGAAGAAGGAAGUCAGACUCUGAUUUCUUACAACGAGGAAGCAGGAGGAACAGCUGCUAUGACUUCUCCAGCACUAGUGUCUCAGUGCCCUUCAUGGAACGGAGGACCUACAAAACAAGUACCACAGGUGGUAGGAAGAACAGAUGUGGAUGGAGAUCCAUAUAAGACUUCUGCAGGACAUGGAUUAAGACCAGAAAUAGAAGCGACCUAUCACCAAAAUAAUUUAGCACCUGGUAGAUCAAUUUCAUUAAACUCAGGGAUUCAAAGAAAUGCUGCAUUUGACAUGUUGUUUGAAAAUGUUGGCGAACUACUGACUCAGAGAGUAUACCAUAUUAAAUACAUGGAAAAUAAUGCAAUGUUCUACAAGCCUCAGACUUAUGCUUUUGAAGGAGAACUGGAAAAAAAGCAAUCACUUGAUUGUCUCUCUAUUCCGGAAACUGACACUGGAUUUGAUUUUCUUAAUGAUAUAGGGCCAAAAUUUUCAAAAGUUGCAGAAAUUUGUUUCCCAAAAAAAGAAAUGUAUUGACAUUAAUGGUAAUAAAUGGACUUAUUUUGUUUAAAGACAGUGUAGUUUGUAUCCAUCAUGUUAAUAAGUUAGAUAAUUGUUAUGUUUUGUGUUAAACAUAACUGGAGCACAGAUAAAAUAUUUUUCUAUAUUAUUUUUAAUUCCAUUUAUACAACAAAAGAAAUUAGACUGGGUUUAAAUAAAACUGCUACAAAGCCAUGCUUGCAUGCUUGCAGAAAUUAUUCUGUAAAUAACCAUAUUUUGUUAAGAAAAUGACUGUAUAGUUAUUAUAGAGAAAUGAAUCUUAGUCAAUUAUUUGUUUUUCAUUAAUUUCGCAACACUGUAAUUAAGAAAUCUGCACUUCCAGAUUGUUACAGAAAGAAUUAAAUCAAUUCUAUAAAUAUAUAUUAUAAUUGCUUCUUUCAUUGUAAGGACAAUUGUUUCUUGCACUGCUUUACUUUCAGUGAUACUUUCUGGCCUCUGUAUUCAUAUAAAAUUGUGUUCUGGACCUGUGUAAAAUGUGUUCUUUACUUAUUUAAUAUGAGUUCUGUUACUCAUGGUCUGUGGCUGAACUGGGUCCUCGUUGGAUCAGUCCACUACUCCGGUCAGCAAACAAACAUGAAUUAAUUA